AGCCUGGAGCACUCUGCUUCGUACUAUUUACAGUGUUAUAAAUCGGUCUCCACACUAUCUACUUUCUGAGAUUAUCUUGGUAGACGAUGCCAGUGAAAGAGAUUUUCUGAAGGUCCCAUUAGAGAAUUAUGUGAAAAGUUUGCAAGUGCCAGUAAAAAUCAUUAGGAUGGAACAGCGAUCAGGACUGAUUCGAGCUCGGCUUAGAGGAGCAGCAGCUUCCAAGGGCCAAGUCAUAACUUUUCUGGAUGCACACUGUGAAUGCACUUUAGGCUGGCUGGAGCCCCUGCUGGCAAGAAUCAAGGAAGACAGAAAGAUUGUUGUUUGCCCAAUUAUUGAUGUGAUCAGCGAUGACACUUUUGAGUAUAUGGCUGGGUCAGACAUGACUUAUGGAGGUUUUAACUGGAAACUUAAUUUUCGUUGGUAUCCUGUUCCCCAAAGAGAGAUGGACAGAAGAAAAGGAGACAGAACAUUGCCAGUGAGGACCCCUACUAUGGCUGGUGGCCUAUUUUCUAUUGACAGAAACUACUUUGAAGAGAUAGGAACUUACGAUGCAGGAAUGGAUAUCUGGGGUGGAGAGAAUCUUGAAAUGUCUUUUAGGAUCUGGCAGUGUGGAGGCUCAUUGGAGAUUGUAACAUGUUCACAUGUUGGUCACGUCUUUCGAAAAGCUACGCCUUAUACAUUUCCUGGGGGUACCGGCCAUGUAAUUAACAAGAACAAUAGACGGCUUGCAGAAGUAUGGAUGGAUGAAUUUAAAGAUUUCUUCUAUAUAAUAUCCCCAGGAGUUGUCAAAGUGGAUUAUGGAGACGUAUCAGUCAGAAAAGCAUUGAGAGAGAACUUAAAAUGCAAACCGUUUUCAUGGUACCUAGAAAAUGUCUAUCCAGACUCCCAGAUUCCCCGACGAUAUUAUUCCCUUGGAGAGAUCAGAAAUGUUGAGACGAACCAGUGCUUAGAUAACAUGGGACGCAAGGAAAAUGAAAAAGUUGGCAUAUUCAACUGCCACGGUAUGGGAGGAAACCAGGUAUUUUCAUACACGGCUGACAAGGAGAUUCGUACAGAUGAUUUGUGUUUGGAUGUGUCUAGACUCAAUGGUCCUGUGAUCAUGUUAAAGUGCCACCACAUGAGAGGAAACCAACUUUGGGAGUAUGAUGCUGAGACGCACACAUUUCUCCAUAUCAUUACCCAGUCAUGUUUGACCAUAAGCAGAAUAGAGGAUGGCACUCGUGGCCCCACAGUGGAGACAUGCAAUGGCAGCCCCUUUCAAAAGUGGCUACUGAGAAACUACACGCGGCUGGAGGUUUUUAGGAACAUUUUUUACAGUCCCACUGACUAUUUUCUUUAGCAAAUGUCUCAAGGUUGGUAUCAAAGGUACAAAAAGGAAAGGCUAAGCUCCUUGCUUGAUUGCUUGCUCGCGCUCUUUUCCCAGUUUCUCCCCUCAUUUAGUUUUUUACGUAGUGUUAAGAUGUAGAAACAACAGCUUAGAAAUAGCAUUAGUUUAUGCUGCUUAGCUCUGGGUGUGUUUAAAACAGUCAACAUUAAAAGUCACAUUUGAUUGUCCUUUGUGGAGUAUGUCUUUUCUCUUUUUGCACAACCUUCCCAGUUCCAAAAACUGUUUGUGAAUAAGAAAGCAUGGCUUUUGUGUUCUCCUUAAAUAUAUAGUAGCAGUUGUAUUGAUGGCUACUCCUAUUCCUUGCUUUAGCCGCUGUGAUGCAAAGAAAGUGUUGUUAUUGUUUUCACACCUAGAAAGGGCAUUCUAUGCACUGCAAAACAGAUGGGGAAAUCUGUGCGGCAUGAUCCUGGUUUUGCCAGGUCAUUAAUGCACUGGUGCCAGCAGGGCACGUCAGGUCCAAGGCCCUUAACACCCACAUAAAAAAUGCAGGAUAUUCAGAUGUACAACCCGAACUCCUGUAUGGUACACCAUCAGCACUGUUACCCAGCACUGGGUCUACAAUGAUAUUUAAGUUUAUUGUCAGUUUUAUCAAUUGCAUUUUGGUUGCUAAAGAUGCAUUGUUUAGCUUGGCACAAAUGCCUCCUCUCAGAUAUAAGAACUUCCAUACAGUAAAACUGGGCCUUUGAGGGCUCAUCCAGACUUGGCAGCAAAAUGCACUUUCUCCUGGUCUGUUUACCACCUUCCUCAGGUCCGCCUAAUUAUUUCUUCGGUAAUCCAUUCUUUUGGGUGUCCUAACAUGAAAUGGGCAUAUAUUAUGUUGCGGACUAUGCCACUCCCCCCCCCCAAAUUGGCAUCCAGCCUCUCCUGCAGCCCCAAACUCACUUCCACCCCAUCCCAGUUCCAACCAUGGUAUUAUUUCCAGGGCACUUUUUGAAUGGUUUCAUUUUUAGUGUGUGUGUGUGUGGUUUUGGAGCAAUCUCUCUUUACCUGAAUUUAUUUUGGGGCUAAGUUCAUUCUGAACAAAAGUGAAGUGAUUCCACGAGCUGCAAGGGGGACAGGACUCUGUGGACACAAAGAAGAAAAACCAUUUCUAGACAGGAUUGCAGUCUUUUUGAAAGUUCAAGGUCAUAGCUCGCGGGUUCUUAGGGACCCAGCUUUGCUUCUAGGCCAUAGUUGUGGCUCCAAGCUGUUUAAGUUGUCUGUGCUCACUGUUGGAAGACUUGAUUACUCACAUCCAUGCAUAGGCAGCUCGUGCUCCAUGAAAAGUGUUCAGAAAAUCUGAUCAGUGCAGAAUACCACAGUUGAACUCAUGACUGGAGACUGUGAGUUGGCAUAUGCACAGGACACCUAUAUGGAAAUUGCUACAUUGGCCACCAGUGUGCAGCCUAAACCUAAAGGUAAAUGUAAAGGACCCCUGACAGUUAAGUCCAGUCGUGAAUGACUCUGGGG